UCCACCGUGACUCAAACUCGUACAAAACUUCCUGUAAACCCGAAGGCCUGAAGCUUGUAUAUUCGAACAACGAUACUCUACUCGUACUACGAGAAUGGAUGCAGAGCUACGAUGUAACCGGCUUACAUGUCGCAAGACUCUCAUCGACAAGGCGGUGGUGACAACAUGCUCGCAUAUAUUCUGCGUUGACUGUGCGAACGAAUUGUUCAAUGCCUCGCGGUUAUGUCCCGCUUGUGAAACAUCACUGACCGAGCCGGAUGACGUGGUUGUGUGCUCAUUACAUCCCACUAAUGACUACAAAACGUCUGUGCUUUCGGGUCUCAGCCCGUCCUUGAUCAUGGAAAUCUGCAGCCGGGCUCUAUCAUUCUGGCAGUAUCAAGUACACCAAGAGAAUUCAUUCCAGCAAGCGGUCAUCCGCAACCUCAAUGACAAGCAAGCACAGUUACAGAAGCAGCUAGACAAUGUCAUCAGAGAAGCGAAUGGGGAAAUCAAUCUUCUGAGCAACAAGGUCGCAGAGUUGGAACGCGACAUGGAACUGGAACGGCGAAAGGUUCACGAACUACAAGAUUGUUCCAGAGAACGCGAGAAGGAGUAUCAAAAACUCAAGGCCCAAUACGACAAAGCAAAGCGGAAGUCGUUACUUGCUCCAAGCGCAGCCCCGCCUGGGCAGGGUGUCGGCGGUGUGAACAUGUUUGAUCGAUCUUCUCAAGACGACCAUAACAAAGGUAGAGCUGGUGUGGACAUUGGUGCAGUGAUCGGCGGAAUGGACGUGAAUGGGAUACAAAGAACUCCGUUGGUUAAUCGCACCAUGGCCGGCCCUUUCGGCUCUCAUCAAAGCGCCGCUUGGCCACAGGCUGCUCGUCCUCAGCAGCGCACCAACGUGCAGCGACGACCUUUUACUGUCAGCAACAACGAUCCUUCAUAUAGAACAAACUCCAUGUCGGAACGUUCCGACAGCGCCAACGAGGUUGAAAACAUGCUCCUCCCACACUUCAACCGUUCAAAAGUUCCUCCGCCAUCUGGUGGUUCGGGCGGGUCCGGUUGGGGCGGGACAAGUUCAUCUGUUAGACCUCGCCCUGCCCAGCAGCAUCAGUUCAGUAGCAACCAGACCGUUAAACAUGGAUUCAGACCUACAAGGUAAAUCUCAGCACAGUAACAUUCUAUUCCGAUUCCGGCAGUAGUGUAUAGUCAUGAAAACAACAAAUAAUACAUGUAUCAUAUAGACGAACCGGAGCACCAUAUUGCACGAGGGUAUAAAAUGUGCGAGUGAAAACAGCAAAGCAUAAAUGAGCACCGUCAGAUCAAACAUAACGAGAGGGCGGACUAGUCAUAACGUAGAGUUCCAUUCUUCUCGUCUUCGAGAUAUUGCCCAAU